GCCCCCGCUCCCCGCCUUCCCUCCUCCUCCCGCCCGGUCGCCCCCCCACCGCCUGUGACCCUCCCCCCCGGCCGCCUCCGGAGCCCGACGCGAGUCUUCACUUGUUUUGCUCCAAUGCUUCUGCCUACAGUCAUCAUCUUAACCUUCCUGUUGGAUCAUUUUCAUCGUUCUAAUAUGUUCUGUAUUUUUUAAAAUCAACAAACAGGCUUCAGCCAGUCAACCAAACCAAACAAAGACACGACUAGCUAUUGGAGCUAGCACGUUGUAACUGGAUUCUGCAGAGCAUAUACUUCUCUUGUCUUGGUUGGAUGCACAAAUCUGUGUGCAGUGCUUUUUGCCCGUUGCCUAGACGAUCACUUGGUUUCUCUGAGGAUGUCUGGUUCUCGUAAAGAGUUUGAUGUGAAGCAGAUUUUGAAAAUCAGAUGGAGGUGGUUUAGCCAUCAAGCAUCAUCUCCUAAUUCUACAGUUGACAGCCAGCAGGGAGAAUUUUGGAAUCGAGGACAGACCGGAGCACACGGUGGGAGAAAGUUUUUAGAUCCAUGUAGCCUACAAUUGCCUUUGGCUUCAAUUGGUUACCGAAGGUCCAGCCAACUGGAUUUUCAGAAUUCACCUUCUUGGCCAAUGGCAUCCACCUCUGAAGUCCCUGCAUUUGAGUUUACAGCAGAAGAUUGUGGCGGCGCACAUUGGCUGGAUAGACCAGAAGUGGAUGAUGGCACUAGUGAAGAAGAAAAUGAAUCUGAUUCCAGUUCAUGCAGGACUUCCAAUAGCAGUCAGACAUUGUCAUCCUGCCAUACUAUGGAGCCAUGUUCAUCAGAUGAUUUCUUCCAAGCCCUUAAUCACGCUGAGCAAACAUUCAAAAAGAUGGAAAACUAUCUGAGACACAAACAGUUAUGUGAUGUAAUUCUGGUUGCUGGUGAUCGCAGAAUUCCAGCUCACAGAUUGGUGCUCUCCUCUGUCUCAGAUUAUUUUGCUGCCAUGUUUACUAAUGAUGUCAGGGAAGCAAGACAAGAAGAAAUAAAAAUGGAAGGUGUAGAACCGAAUUCCCUAUGGUCCUUGAUUCAGUACGCAUAUACAGGCCGCCUUGAAUUAAAAGAAGACAAUAUCGAGUGCCUGUUGUCUACAGCUUGCCUUCUUCAGCUUUCACAGGUUGUGGAAGCGUGCUGUAAGUUUUUAAUGAAACAGCUUCACCCAUCCAACUGUCUUGGAAUCCGGUCUUUUGCUGAUGCUCAAGGUUGUACAGAUUUGCAUAAAGUGGCUCACAAUUAUACUAUGGAACAUUUCAUGGAAGUAAUUCGAAACCAGGAAUUUGUAUUAUUACCAGCCAGUGAAAUUGCAAAGCUCUUAGCCAGCGAUGACAUGAACAUUCCUAAUGAGGAGACAAUACUGAAUGCACUUCUCACUUGGGUCCGGCAUGAUUUGGAACAGAGACGGAAAGAUCUCAGCAAACUUUUGGCUUAUAUUAGGCUACCUCUUCUUGCACCACAGUUCCUAGCAGACAUGGAAAAUAAUGCACUUUUUCGAGAUGAUAUAGAAUGUCAGAAACUAAUUAUGGAAGCAAUGAAGUAUCACUUACUACCAGAGAGACGGCUGUUACAGAGCCCUCGGACAAAACCUAGGAAGUCAACUGUUGGUACAUUAUUUGCAGUUGGAGGAAUGGAUUCAACAAAAGGAGCAACAAGCAUUGAGAAGUACGAUCUCCGUACAAAUAUGUGGACUCCUGUAGCAAAUAUGAAUGGGAGGAGGCUACAGUUUGGCGUGGCGGUCUUAGAUGACAAACUGUAUGUGGUUGGAGGAAGAGAUGGACUGAAGACUUUGAAUACCGUAGAGUGCUACAACCCCAAAACGAAAACGUGGAGUGUCAUGCCUCCUAUGUCUACACAUAGGCAUGGCCUUGGCGUGGCUGUAUUGGAAGGCCCUAUGUAUGCAGUAGGAGGACAUGAUGGCUGGAGCUACCUGAAUACAGUGGAGAGAUGGGACCCUCAGGCUCGCCAGUGGAAUUUUGUUGCCACCAUGUCCACUCCCAGGAGCACAGUAGGUGUGGCUGUACUAAGUGGAAAACUUUAUGCAGUCGGUGGUCGUGAUGGAAGUUCUUGUCUCAAGUCAGUAGAAUGUUUUGAUCCUCAUACUAAUAAAUGGACACUCUGUGCACAAAUGUCUAAAAGGAGAGGCGGCGUAGGAGUCACCACGUGGAAUGGAUUGCUCUAUGCCAUCGGAGGGCAUGAUGCGCCCGCGUCCAACUUGACCUCCAGACUCUCAGACUGCGUGGAGAGGUAUGAUCCCAAAACAGAUAUGUGGACAGCAGUGGCAUCUAUGAGCAUCAGCAGAGAUGCUGUGGGGGUCUGUUUACUUGGUGAUAAAUUAUAUGCAGUUGGAGGAUAUGAUGGACAGACUUAUCUUAAUACAGUGGAGGCCUAUGAUCCCCAGACAAAUGAGUGGACCCAGGUUGCUCCACUGUGUCUAGGAAGAGCUGGGGCUUGCGUGGUGACUGUAAAAUUAUAACUCAGUGCUUUGUUUUCUAAAUGAAGAUAUCCUCUUCCUUUAUGAAAUUAGUAUAAUUAUUCUACUAUCCGUGGAUACAUAUUUAGGAGAUGUGCACCGCCACAUUCCUGGGCACAAAGUGCCUCAUCUCUAAGUGAAGACUUUAAAACAAGGGAGGACAGAGCAGAUGAACCAGGAUGAAAUACUUUCAUUUCUAAGUAAAUUAAAACUGCAGGAGUUCCUGCUGUGGCAUGAUGGGUUAAGGAUCUGGCAUUGCCACAACUGUGGCUUGGAUGGGCUCUGUGGCCCAGGAACCUUCAAAUGCUCUGGAUGAGGGAAAAAAAAAAAAAAAAACUGCAGCUGAUGGAUUAUGAACAUAUGCUCCUGAUAUAAACUGUGUGGACAAAUGCAGCACUCCUAAUCACAACCCAGUGUUAACUGGGAAUUUCAUUUCUUUCAUCAAGCGCAUUGUACUCAUGUUAUUCAGAUUUCUUUUAUUACAGUGCAGAUAUACUAGAUAAAACUUCUAACAUUUCGUUUUGUAACUUUAUCGUAUGUGACUCGCAGUCAUUUUCAUCCAUUUGUUUAACCACAACCACUAUUUUAAUGACACACUAAAGACUAUGCAUUAGGUUUUUUUCAGAAAUAGCUGUAUUAAAUUGGUUUUGGUUAUGGAUUUUAUUUCUCACAUUGGCUUAGUCCAGUGAAUAAAGAAAACCAUUAAAGAGUGAAAACAAUGACCAAAUAAAAACUUGAUAUGAUCUUUGGGAUCUAUUCAAAUAUUCAUUCCAUCUAGAUUUACCAAGAACGCCAUGUUAUGAUAUUCUUAGGUUGGAAUUGAACCAUGGUGUUUUGCAUUAAAUUUAAGAUAUGCAAACUUAUAUGGGGAAAAUAAAUGUUAUAUAACCUCUAAUUUCUUUUACCUAAGUAGUAUUUAAUUAUAUGUUUGUUUUUAUAUUAUUAAAAAGUCUUGAUUUUUGUCUUUUGAUAUUGACAGAACUGUUUGAAUAUUAUAUUUCUCAAGUCUGUAUUUGCUUCCUCUGCCUCGUUUCUUAUCUUUGCCAUUGUGAGUAAUACUUUGUGUUUCUUUGUAAUCAAACAGUUUGGGGGGGAAUGGGCUUACAGAAUGUUUAAAAAAUAAGUUUAAAGUGUUUAUUACCCAAAGUUUUGUACAUUUGUAAACUCUAAUUACACAUGUGAAUGUUAAUACUCUCAGUGAAUUAUUUAUUGUUUGCAAAAAUGCACUGGGCAGUAACAUUUUAUGAUGAAUCCUCUAAGAUAUAGGUCAUUGAUUUAUAUCUUAAUAUAAAAUAAGUAUAAAC